GCGUGGGGCUGCAAAGUGCGGGCCAAUCGAGCGCAUCCCCGGCCCCUCCGGGCCUCAGCGUCUGCACAAUGUGCCGACAUUGUCCCGGCGUCGCCGCGCGGACUGAGCCCGUGUGAAUGGGCCACUUCCAGUCAACGCUUAGCUCAGGGCGCCCGCGCUCGUUCCGGGCCCGGGGCCUGUCCGCUAGCGGGUCCGCCCGAGGUGCCGGGAGAGCCGGUCGGGGCCCGGGACGCCGACCCGGCCAUUGAGGGCGCCGCAGCCCCCGUCGGCCCCCGGCUCCGCGGGCAUCGUGGGCCGUGAGGGAGCCGCCCUGCGCUCCCCGCCUUCAGGUCGAGGUCUCCGAGGGGCGAGCUCCGCGCUGCUCACCCUUCCUGAGACCAGAGGAAACGGCGUCCGCGGACCGUGCUGGUGGAGGCCCUGUCUCUUUUGGCUCCUCCGAGGCGCCGUAGACAGACUCCGACGCUGAUCCGUUCACUUCAUUUUCCGGUGGACGACUGUCCCUCUGGCCCGCCAGCUCCCUAUGGGGGACAGAGGCUCCAUGGCCUCAGAAGAGGACCGCCGGGGCCAGGGCGGGAGCCUCUCCCUGCCAGCGCCGCCAGAGGGCCCUGCCGCGCAGACCGCCUCGGAGCCCAUCAAGUCCUGGUCCUUGGUCCACAGACAGCUGAGCAGAAGGAACAGGCUGUCGAAGCUCUGCCAGAGCCGGAUGGCGCUGUCCGAAGACAGAUGGAGCUCCUACUGUCUGUCGUCACUGGCUGCCCAAAAUAUUUGCACAAGCAAAUCGCACUGCCUGGCUGCGCCUGCGCAGGCGGACCUGGCAGGGUCCCUGGGCAGCACGUCCUGCUGCUCCCUGCUGCGGGGCUGGUCCUCAGGGUGGUCCACACCUCCGCUCCCGGCCCCUGUGUGCAACCCCAGCAAGGCCGUGUUCACCGUGGACGCCAAGACCACAGAGAUCCUGGUGGCCAGCGACAGAGCCUGCCGGCUCCUGGGGUACAGCAGCCACGACCUGAUUGGCCAGAAGCUCACACAGUUCUUCCUGAAGCCGGAUUCCGACGUGGCGCGGGCCCUCAGUGAGGAGCACGUGGAGGCCGACGGCCGCGCCGCUGUCGUGUUCGGCACGGUGGUGGACAUCGUGAGCCGCAGUGGGGAGCAGAUCCCAGUCUCCGUGUGGAUGAAGAGGGUGAAGCAGGAGCACAGCCUCUGCUGUGUGGUCGUGCUGGAGCCCGUGGAGAGGGUCUCGGCCUGGGUGGCUUUCCAGAGCAACGGAACCGUGACGUCCUGUGACGGUCUCUUUGCCCACCUGCAUGGAUUCACAUCUGCGGAGGAAGUGGUCGGGCAGCGCAUCACAGAACUUAUCCCUUCUGUGCAGCUCCCUCCGCCCGGCGAGGACAUCCCCAAGAAUCUCAAGACUCAGAGGUCUGUUGGAAGAGCCAAGGAUGGCACCACCUUCCCUCUGAGCUUAAAGCUGAACUCUAAACCCAGCAACGAGGAGGCAGCGGACGGCAAGGCGGCCCCUGACGGGGGCUACUCGGCAUCCAUCUGGGCAUUCUCCACCAUCAGUGGGCUCAUCACCCUCCUGCCGGACGGGACCAUCUACGGCAUCAACCACAGCUUUGCUCUGAUGCUGUUUGGUUAUGGAAAGGAUGAGCUGCUGGGCAAGAACAUCACUUUCCUGAUUCCUGGUUUCUACCACUACAUGGACCUUGCCCGUGACAGUUCCUUUCUGCUGCCAGACCUGGCCAACCGCCUGGACGCUGGCAGCCACAGUGGGCCUGGGGAGACCACUGGGGAAGCCCAGCACACAGCCGAGGAUCUAAGGGUGAACACCGAGACCCCAAAGCCAGUGGAGAGCCAGGCCGCCUCACCCAGGGCCCAGGUUCCUGCGGACGCCGGGGGCCGCGUCGCCUUCUCCCUCCCGGCGCUGCCCACUCUGGGGGUGGACAGCAUCCCAGAAGGAAGCCAGCCAGCCCACAGCGAACAGUCAUUGUCCAAGGACCGGCAAAACAUGCCAGAAGGAAGCCCACCAGCCCAUGGACAACAGCCGUCACCCCAGGACCAGCAAAAUAUCCCAGAGGGAAGCCCGCCAGCCCAGGAACAGUCACUGCCCGAGGGCCAGAGAAACAUCCCAGGGGGAUGCCCGUCAGCCUCUGGCCGACGGUCGUCGCCAGAGGACCAGCAGAGCACUGUCUUAGAGAAAGAGCGGCUGGCAACAGCAGAGAGCCUCAGGCAGGACCUUCUGGGAGGAAACAGGUCUGACCCAGUGGACACAAAACCAUGUGCUUCCCAUGAAGAUUCUGAAACACCAGUGUCAAGUACAGAUGGGACGAGUGGUGCUGGAAGGGGUGGCCUGUAUCAGGAGACACAGCUGGGACGGAGGGGCUCGAGUGGUACUAGCGAUUCAGACCAUGGGGCUGAUGCCACCAAGGCCAGGCCCCACGCUGUGGGUCAGCCGGCAGGGCAGGGCCUCCCGGUGUGCAGCCCUGGAUUCGAGGGAGAGUGGAGCGCUCAGCGGGGAAGCCCGGACUCGGCCCCCAGCCCCUUGGGGACAGUGCAGCCCUUGCUCUCGACGCCUUCUUUGGAUGAGCCGUGGCUGGGGACGUGCUUGAUUAAGGAGCAGCUGUCCGCACCGAGCUUCACGGGGCCUUGGGGUGUCUCCUGCGCCAAGCUGGUCCCCGCAGAACAGCCCCCACCCUCCGCCCCUGCGUCCUCGUGUGACCUGGGAGGCACAGACCCGCACGGCGGCCGCUCGGGCAGCUCCUCGGCCCGCUACGCCCUUGCCACUGACCUGCCCGGUGCCCCGGAGGCCAUGGAGGCCCGGGAGGCUGGCGAGAAUUCGUUUUCCUGGAACCUCAAGGAACUUGUUUUCAGCGAAUGGACAGACCGAACUUCUUCGAACUGCUCCUGCGCUACGUCUGAGCUCGGGGGGACCCACUCCCCUUCGCUGGGGGUCUCUGAUGUGGACGUGAGCGGUUUACGCAGGCAGAGGUCAGAAGUCCUGGACGGCCGGGACCUGUUACUGCUGACCGGCACCUACUUCAGUCUGGGGGAAGGCCAGCGGUUCCGUGAGAGCUGUCUGGGGCUGGAUGGAGCAGAACCAUCGCAGACUUGCUUGCUGUCCUCCGAACACUAUGACCUGAAUGGCCGAGAGAGCCCGGACUGCGUCCCUCCUGUGUCUGGAGCUGGCCCCAUGGAUGCGUCCCCGUUAGAGGCACCCAGGCUGAGCCUCCAGGUCACCUCCACGCCCGUGAGAGCAGACGGCCCUGCGCAUCUCAGGGCCGCCGACCUGCAGCACGGGAUCCAGGAGGGUGCCUACGCGGGGAGCUGUUACCACCGAGACGGCUCGCAGCUGGGUGUGCAGCUGGAAGUGAAGCGGGUGGAGCUCCAGGGCUCGUCCACCCUGUUCUGCUGCUGGCUGGUGAAGGACCUCCUGCACGGCCACCUGGACUCGGCCCUGCGGACCUGCCUGCUCCUGCCCGGCUCCGCCCACUCCACCCACUCCACCUGCGAGCUGACUGGAGCCAGCCUGGGGGAGGCGCUCGCAAGCAAACUCUGGAUUGAGGAGCCCUCCAAGGCAGUGGAGCUGGAGGGGCUGGCGGCCUGCGAGGGCGCGUACUCCCGCAAGUACAGCACGCUCAGCCCCAUCGGCAGCGGGGCCUUCGGCUUCGUGUGGACGGCGGUGGACCAGGAAGCCAAUAAGGAGGUGGUGGUGAAGUUUAUUAAGAAGGAGAAGGUUCUGGAGGAUUGUUGGAUUGAGGAUCCCAAACUUGGGAAAGUCACCUUAGAGAUUGCCAUCCUGUCCAGGGUGGAGCACGCCAACAUCAUCAAGGUACUGGAUGUAUUUGAAAACCAAGGGUUCUUUCAGCUGGUGAUGGAGAAGCAUGGCUCCGGCCUGGACCUCUUUGCAUUCAUCGACCGCCAUCCCAGCCUCGAUGAGCCCCUGGCGAGCUACAUCUUUCGACAGCCCCCUGUGGCCUCCUGGUUUCAGCUGGUGUCAGCAGUGGGAUACCUGCGCUCCAAGAGCAUCAUUCAUCGGGACAUCAAGGAUGAGAACAUCGUGAUCGCUGAGGAUUUUACAAUCAAGCUCAUAGACUUCGGCUCGGCAGCCUUCCUGGAGAGGGGCAAGCUGUUCUAUACCUUCUGUGGGACAGUGGAGUACUGCGCGCCCGAAGUCCUCAUGGGAAACCCUUACAAGGGGCCGGAGCUGGAGAUGUGGUCGAUGGGCGUCGCACUGUACACGCUGAUCUUCGAGGAGAACCCCUUCUGCGAGCUGGAGGAGACCUUGGAGGCCGCGAUAAACCCCCCGUACCUGGUGUCGGAAGAUCUCAUGAACCUCAUGUCUGGGCUGCUACAGCCUGUCCCCGAGCAGCGCACCACCUUGGAGAAGCUGGUGACAGACCCCUGGGUGACGCAGCCUGUGAACCUGGCUGACUACACUUGGGAAGAGGUGUGUCGACUAAACAAGCCAGAGAGCGGAGUUCUGUCCACGGGCAGUCUGGAGCUGGAGGGCAGGAGCCCAAGUGCAGUGGCUUGGGCCCCGGAGCUGCGCAGGGCUUCAUGUGCGCGGGCAGGCCCCUAACCGCCGGGAAACCCAGCUCUCUGCCCUUCUCCUUCACUCAGGAAGUCAUGGUAUAUUCAGGCCCCUUCCAUUCAGAGGAAGUAAGUUCUCAAGAAUUAGGCCCAGUACACCAUCUAAAACCUCAUAUGCAAGCUUGAUAAAUGUUAGAACAAAAGCCAGGGAUACUAUAUUGUUUUAGGGUUAUAAAAUAGACUUGGAAUUCAUUCUUUUUCAUGGACUUGAAAAAACAUUCUAGUGUUCAAUUGAGUUUUGUACUAUUUUUUACUAUUAAAAGGCUUCUAAUUUGUGAAAUUCCAAAAGGCAUACACAAGGUUUUUAACCCUCUUUCUACUUUUGUAUAUGUGCCUGUGUUUCUGCUUCCGGACUUGGUAUAUGCUCCUCCGAUAUGUGGAAUGUGUAGAACCUGUUCACCAAAUGACCAGACUAUUUCAUUAAUUUAUUUCCUUGAACGUUUUCCAAAUUAAAGCAACUUUGUUAGUAAACAAUUA